CCCAACUUAAUUGGUCACACUUUUUCGGAUAGUCUUUUUACUUGGGAAGUCCGAAAUGAAAAGCAUAAUCUGCUCACUGCAAUUCCCUCGAUUUCUUGGUUAGUUUCGAAAUCAAUUUUAAACAAAAUUUGAUUAUUCGAUUUGGAUCAAGCUGCGCAAGUUAAAUCGUCACGGAACCACCUCGUGCUGUGUUCCGUUGAGGUUGAGAAACUGCUUGAAAUGGCUAACACCGUUUCUUUUCUUGCUUCUUCUUCUUCUUCUUUCACCAAUAAAUCCCCAAACUCGAGGAUUUAUUGUCAGAAUUACCCUCUCGCCAGCAAAAUUAUCGUCAAAAAUUUACCCUUUUCGGCAAGUGAAAGUCGCCUUCUGAAGGAAUUUUCAAAGUAUGGACAGAUAGCCGAAGUAAGACUUGUCAAGGACGAAGUUAGACAGAAGUCAAAAGGAUUUGCAUUCAUCCAAUACACCUCACAAGAAGCAGCAUUACUCGCUCUAGAAAGCAUGGAUUAUCAGUUGUUUGACGAGAGACAAGUGUUCGUUGAACUUGCAAAACCUCGUAAAAGUGAUUUCGGUGGAUACCCAAGAACCUCAGGCCCCCCUCAAGAACAAAGCUUGGCAAUUCUAGAUGAUGUUGAGUAGUGACAUAGGUUGCUGUUUAACUAAAUUACACACUGAUUCGGCCUCAUUCAUUCUACUUCAGAAAUACUAUAUGAACUGUUUGUGUUUAGUAUAGGACUGGAAAUAUAUUUGCUUGGUUGUUAAAAAUCUCUGAAUACUGGUAUCAUUAAUCAAUACUUAUUUGGCCUCUUAGUGCAAAA